UCCCAAAGCUUCAGCCACACUCAGCAGCAGCAGGAGCAGCACAUUGUGCUGGCAGAUCAGCGGGGGCAAAAGCAGGAUAAGCGCAACCCGUUCCUAUUUCCUACUUCACCUCAUCCGAAGUAAGAGGGGAAACAGGAAAGCUGGGGUGCGUAAAAACCUCACCCUCAUUUCCACUCCACACAGCAAGUCCUGCGCGUGUGCUGCGUUCAGCUCCAACCGGGGAACUUACCGGGGAACAGUGCCAGCAGAUUAUCUGUAAGGUGUUGUGUCAGUUCUGCGGACGGAAGGGAAAGGCGACAUUUCCCGGGAGGAACUCCCGCAAGUCUUGGAAACUUCCCAGUGAAGCAUCGAUUAAGGACCCCCCGCCCACUUUGCCUCUAAGCCACAGUAUACUGGGAGAGAGAGGGAGGGAGAGUUGUGCAGCCGCUGCGGUGCAUGGAGCAACAAAGGCUGAAUGGUUAAACUCGAAGAGCCGCUUUGAAAAGAGCCCAGCUCUCGUUUCUCUGCGCGUUUCCUGAACACACCAUCUGCCUCCGCUUGGAUCGGGAUCAUUUCUGGGACCCGAACAGCUGCUACUUUUCACACUAACUCUCGCCGCGGACGCGACAUUGAUGCUCGGGCACCGCCGUCAUCCCCCUAGUUUUGCGAAAGUCUGCUUCUGCGGCCGCGCACUGAGGGAAGUGGACUAGUCGGUGGCCAAAGUGGGAUUUGCAGAAGUUGCACACAUUUCACCCACUCUCGGGUUUACAAGAGUACGAUCCGGAUAGUCGAGGUGCCAUGGCGAUGUGCGUGGGGAUGUGGAUACUCCUGUUGGCGCUGCACAUCCACGGUGGCAAUGGACAAAUGGUACAGAUGGAUCCCAGUAAGUCCGGAUUUGUGGGUUCACAAGUGGAGCUGCGCUGCAUUUUCAUCAACAGCAACCCCCCGGUCAAGAUCUCCCAAGUCACCUGGCAGAAGUUCCUCAACGGCACCAAGCAAAACGUGGCCAUAGCCAACCCGGCCCUCGGCGUGUCCGUCCUGCCGCCCUUCAAGGAGCGGGUCAGCUUCAAGCAGGCCGCGGUGCGCCACCGCACGCCCUCACUGGAGGACACCACCAUUGUGUUCUCCAACCUGCAGCUGUCCGAUGAAGCGGCCUACAUCUGCGAGUACACCACGUUCCCCGCCGGCAACAGAGAGAACAUGGUCAACCUCACUGUAUUUGCUCGUCCUAUGACACGUUUGAGCUUGACGACGCCCACCAUCGUGGCUAGGGGUCAGAAACGCAAGAUGACCGUUGCCACGUGUGUGUCAGCCAAUGGCAAACCCCCGAGCGUGAUCAAGUGGGAGACCAGGCUGAAGGGCGAGGCCACUUUCCAGGAGGUUCGCAACCAAAACGGGACGGUGACAAUACGCAGCAACUACGUGGUGAUACCGAGCCGCGAGACCCACAAGCAGAAGCUCACGUGUAUCGUGACGUACCGGGAAGAAAGGAUCACGGACAGCGUGGUGCUCAACGUCCAAUAUGAACCCGAUGUAAAGAUUGAGGGGUUUGAUGGAAACUGGUACCUGAACCGUCAGAACGUUCAGCUGACCUGCAGGGCUGACGCCAACCCCCCUGUCACUGUCUACCAGUGGAAACUCUUGAAUGGCUCCCUGCCCACUAAUGUGGAGAUCAAGAACAACACCCUGUUCUUCAAGGGGCCGGUGACCUACGACCUCGCUGGCACGUAUGUCUGCGACGCAACCAAUGGAAUUGGGACCCGUACUGGCAGCGUGGAUCUCAACAUCACAGAGAAGCCGAUGGCUCAGGGUCCCCCCGGUGGUGUUAUAGGGAUCCUCGGAGGGGUCGUCGCCAUCGGACUCAUCAUCGGAGUGGCUGUUACUGUCUUCAUGGUCCAUCGGCGGCAGCAGAAGACCCGCACCGAGACGGAUAAUGACCUCAUUGCUGUUGCUGCUGUUGCUGAUAGUUGUGUGACACAGGCUCCAGAGAAGCCAGAGUCCCCCACAAGGACAGACCUCCCACCCGCCCACAAACCUGCCCCUCCCCCGCCCAAAAAGAAGAACUGUGACAUGAAGGGACACUUGACAUCCGAUGACAUCCAGGUGGUUCAUCUUGACAAAGACGAGGAAAUGCAGAAGCUUCCUCUUCAGCCUCCUUAUUACGACAUGGCGCCCUCCGAGUCGACACCCUUCACUGAUAAGCAGGACUCUGGGAGGCGUCCAGAAGAGUUGCUGAACCCUGCCGAAUAUGUGAACUACGAGCGCGUCUGCAACAUGGAACACCUCCCCGACUCCAAGCCCGCGACGACCUACCCUCCUGUCACUUUCUUGCCUCAGCACCCCUACACUCAGCAACCGUCCAUGGAGCCCGUGUACUCCAACACGAGCUACGCGGGCCCCGGCCCCCGAGCUCCGCCCAUGUUUCCGAAGGAGCAGUCGGUGUGAUGUGCCGCUUAACUCUUAGCUCCACAAGAGGUAAAAAUGCUUUGGGGAAAACAAAGCUCCGCACUGAUGGACGUGCAUCCGUCCCUCACUGUGCUUCUGUGUAUUCUAUAAGCUUAAAACACACAUGGGCUUCCUCAUGUUAGGAUCAACGUGUCUAUAGCUCAUGUGGCUCAGUCCAAUGCGUAUCGUGCACUGUUUUCUCCACCGAUGUUAGCGUAGCAUACACCGACUACCCCUCCUCCACACCUUUACCCUUUAUGACUCACCUGUACUUACUCACCCUGUCUGUUUUUUUUUGGUUUUACCAAUUGUCUUUUCUCUGUACAGACUAUGCCAUUGUAUCACUGAAGAUGUGAUUUUCCUAUUUUUGCAGCACUUCCUACAGUGAUAGUGACCUUUUAUUGUAAUGUGCUUGUUAUACUUUCUUUUUUCUCUCUUUUUUUUUCUUUUUCUAUGUAAAUCAUAUGCUUGCUUCAUUGAAAGUCAUAGACGAUGCUGUUUGUGUAACUGGGUGUAUUCUAGUGGAAAAAAAAAUUUUUAUAUAUAUAUAUAAACACUGAUUUGUGAAGCUAAUUAUCAAUCUAUGACGAUGUGGACUACCCCUUUGUUGACAGUUAAUGGCAGGGGUUGUUAUGUGAGGAUGUGAAAUUGGCCACUGAAUCCUUUGUUACAUCCCAUAAUAGCUUUGCUGUUAUGGAGUUGACUGGGUAUUUUUUUGACGACGAGAUAUUAAUGUUAUCCUGAGUAGCUGCAAAGAAAAACCAAGGGCUUGAAAUUUAGCAGGAACACAUUUCUUCUAUUUCAUGUAGUAUUGUCCAUUCAUCCUAUUAUGGUUAUUAUUAUUAUUAUUAUUGUUAUCAUUAGCAUUAUUAUUAAU